AGAAGGGGCAGACUACAGCACUACAGAACUACAGCACUACAGCUCCCGGCGGCCCCGCGGCUCCGAGCGGCGCUACCUGGCCCGGCAGGUGAGCGCCGGGCACCGGGCUCCUUCCUCAGGCCCGCGGCUCCUCCUCCUCCCCCGCCUCGCCGCGAUGCCGUUCCCCGGCUCCGGCGCGGACGAUGCCUUCGAUUACCUCUUCAAGAUCAUCCUGAUCGGCGACUCCAACGUGGGGAAGACGUGCGUGGUGCACCGCUUCAAGACGGGGCAGUACAACGAGAAGCAGCAGAACACCAUCGGCGUGGACUUCACCGUGCGCUCGAUGGACAUCGACGGCAAGAAAGUGAAGAUCCAAGUGUGGGACACAGCCGGCCAAGAGCGCUUCCGGACCAUAACCCAGUCUUAUUACAGGAGUGCCCAUGGGGCCAUCCUUGCCUAUGACCUUACUAGGAGGUCCACAUUUGAAUCCAUUCCUCACUGGAUUCAUGAAAUUGAAAAGUAUGGUGCUGCAAACUUGGUCAUGAUGUUAAUUGGGAACAAAUCGGACUCGCUGGACAAGCGCCAGGUGCUGUUUGAAGAUGCCUGCACCCUGGCAGAGAAGCACGGGCUCUUAGCUGUGCUGGAAACAUCAGCAAAAGAAGCUCAAAACAUAGAGGAAGUGUUCACAUUAAUGGCUAAGGAGCUGAUAGCCCGAAAUACCUUACAGCUUCAUGGGGAGAACCCUCCAAACAGCUUCAGCCUUGACUCCAGGCCAGUGAUUGCCAGUCCAAGUGUGGAGAAGACCCAGUGCUCCUGUUGAAGAGAGACUUCAGGGAGAACUUGGAGACUGCCAUCCUUCUGAGGCUGUUUGAUUCAAUUUUGUUCAGUUGAUGAAAGUGCUCUGUGUGGCCUCAAGUCAUCUCUCUUGCUAUUUCUACCUUGCAGCUUGGCUUGUCCAACAGGCUUCCUACUCCUCCAAGAAACUUAGAAUUAGACACCUACCCAUUGUGCAGCUAAACCAGGAGCGUGACCUCUUUUGGUUGGCUCUGUUUGGCAUUUUCCACGAGGCCUUUGGGCAGUCACACUGAAUGGUUUGCACAGAGCUGCUUUUCCAGCUGUCCUGGCAUGAGUGAAGAGCAGCACUUGCUGACAAGAUUCUUCGGAGUUUAUUGGUAACGCUGUUACUCAUGAGGUAAUACAUGAAGCUAUGAACUUUAAAAAAGUCCCCUUAGUACAUAUAGCCUGUUAUUCUAGACUGUGAGAACCACUAGAUUAAAACACAAGCUCAGCAUGAUCUCUGUGGUUGUGCCUUUCCCCAUCAGAGAGCAGAUGGAAACACCUAGCUAUGACAAAGCAAAGUAGCAUUAGCUGCUAUGGAGCCUUCUGUUAAUGGUUUGUUCCUCAGCAUCAUAAGCAAAUUCCGAGUGCUUCUUGACAGCAUCAUUAAUGCAUUUGUACAAGGGUUAUAAGGUUGUUUACAGCACUAUUUUAAAAACUACUACUGCCCCACAGGUUUCAGUUUCAAGAGCUGCACAUUCAGCUUUGAAGAUGAGCUCAUCUGUUAAGUUCUUAUCUACUGGGAAGAAGUAUUUGAAUCUUUGCUGUGGCACAUUAUUUGCACUAGUGUCACAGCCAGGCCAGAUGAGAAGAAACAUUACCUAUUGGUGGAACAGGGUAAUAAAAAUAAUCAGAAAUAUUUUAAAUGGACCAAACUGACAUCUCCCAGAAGCUGCCUAGUUAAAAGCCAACACGAGAGCAGCCCAGUGAUGUGGAAGGCACACAGCACUGCCCAUGUGGCCCAGCUUUGCUUUAUAUGCAGGAAACAGGUUCUCAGUUACAAAAGCUGAGGUUCUUAUCUAAUCAUUCCAGUUAAUGUUUAAGAGUAGUUGGAAGGCAGACAAUUUUCAGAUGCUGAAUACAGGUGGAGCACUCCAUCCUGGAGCCUUCUCUCAGGAAGAAGAGGCAUGCCUGUGGUUGUGGACAAGGAACUGGAAGUGAAGCUUCCCCCAGCCAGGUGAGUGCUCCAACGGCAGUGCUGUUACAGCUGCCCCUUCCCCACGUGGGUGCCCACAGGCAUUUUCCUGGCUCUCAGCUCCCAGAACCCACAUUUGCCUGCUGGUGUGCGUGAGGCACCCAAACAGUCAUUGCUCAGCAAACUGGCUCCUGAAAUAAUUUUCAAGCACUACUCUUAAGCAACUGUGUUAAGAACUGGAACUACACCAACAGGAAAUCACAUUCUUUUGAGAAUAGUUCUAGACAGGCCAAGA